UAACCAGUAUAAGAAGUUUCCUCAGAUGACUUCUUAUCACCGUAUGCUGCUGCACCGUGUGGCUGCCUACUUUGGCAUGGACCACAAUGUGGAUCAGACAGGCAAGGCUGUCAUCAUCAACAAAACAGGCAACACGCGCAUCCCAGAACAAAGGUUCUCUGAACACAUUAAGGAUGAACGUAACAUGGACUUCCAGAAGAAAUUCAUCCUGAAAAGAGAUGAUGCCAGCAUGGACAAGGAUGAUAAUCAGAUCCGUGUCCCGCUGCAGGAUGGGCGACGUAGCAAGUCCAUUGAAGAGCGGGAGGAAGAGUAUCAGCGGGUACGAGAUCGGAUAUUUGCCCGAGAA